AUGGCGACUAAAAACCUGAGUAAAAGCUUAACGAUAAUUUCUCUAAUCAAUGUAGUAUUCUUGAUUGUGAGAACGGCAGGACAGAUGCUAGGAAUGAAAACCUGGUCGUAUGAACUUAAAUCACUUACUGCACAAACUUCAGAUACGGAAAAACUGAAAAUUGAUUUGCAAAUUGAAAGAAUUUCUCGUGGUGUCUAUGCCAUUUCCGGUACUGCACUUAUUAAUAUUGAUAUUGUCGAUGGUGAUUCAAAUACUGUUGCAGCUAAAUCUUAUCGCAGUGCCCAGGGUGAUAAUGAAUACAUUGUUUUACCCUUUCAAAUGCCUGCCUUACACUUUCAUACAUUUUUAAACACUCACUACAAAGAUGUUUUAAUGGACACCUUAAAGGACUGCUCAGAUUUACCGGCUUUUGAGGAUAAAUUUGAACCACCUUUGGAAAAGAAAUUAUAUACCUUAAAUGCCUGCCAGUUUUCUCAAGAUGGCCUGCCUAAUUAUUUACAAGGUGGUUUCUAUAAACUUUUAAUUAUUGGCACGGGAGAUGUUGAUUGGGAAAUUGAAAUAGUUUCGGAAAUUACAACCGAAAUGUAA